AUGUUAGAGAAGAUUGGUGAGUCUACAGAGAACUGGAGCACGAUUCUUGCCUAUAUGAUAUGCACGAGGUUAGAUUCCUCGACACUUCGACAAUGGGAGUCUCAUCAUAAUUUCAAGGAUGUCCCAAAUUAUCGAGAUUUGAUGGGAUAUCUGCGUAGUCAGUGCUCCGUUCUGCAAUCCAUUUCCAUCCCAUCCAAGAUGAACAGCGAUCCACGUUCCCAGAAGGUAGCAGUCUGUCACACGCUUGUGAAGACAUCUGGGAAGUAUCCAUUCUGUGGCGAGUCGUGGCAUUCAGCGUUUCAGUGUGCGAAGUUUCAGAAGCAGUCUGUUCCAGAUCGCAUCAGCGCUGUUAUGAGGAGUAAGCUUUAUCGCAACUGUCUGCGUCUAGGACACGUUGCAAGAACCUGCGAGAGAGGAGUCUGUCAUCACUGUCAUCAGCGUCACUACUCGAUGCUGCAUACUGAAACACCGCAGACAGGAUCCUCCGUUUCACUUCCACAGUCAAGACCUCAGACAGUACACCAGCAGCCACGACAGCCACAAACCAAGCAACACAGUCCGAACCAACAAAUACACACUCAUCCGACCAAUGCACAGACGAACACCGCCAACUUGCAUAACACAACCACAUCACCGUCCAACACCAAUACAGCCUCCACUAGCCAAACAUGCAUAGCACUCCCCAACGCACCUACACACAAUAUUGUUCUCUCGACGGUGCUUGUGACCGUUAAGGACCCUCACGGCAAUUCGUUGCUUGCGCGAGCCUUGCUAGAUUCUUGCUCGCAGCAUUGCCUGAGGACGGCUAGUUUUUCAAAUAAGCUUAAGUUCCGUGAAUCGCCAGCCUUCUUGUGCAUUCAGGGCAUUGGUUCGUCGAGUGUAGCGUCAAUAAGAUCCGUCAGUGCAGCAGUUGCUGCAUGGUCCAGUGAGAUUUCGUCGUAUGCCGAGGAGAUGUGUUUCCAUGUUUUGCCGAAGCUAACAUUGGCGUUACCGACAGCAAGCUUCAAUCCAUCGCAGUUGUGUCUACCAGAAGCAGUAGCUCUUGGCGAUCCCUGGUUUUAUGAAUCCGGUCCGAUUGACAUGAUUAUCGGGGCGGAGUAUUACGUCGACCUAUUUGAAGGGGGUAGAUACAAGGCAACUGAAGACGGGCCUAUUCUGCAGAAAACUGUUUUUGGCUGGAUAGUUUCCGGUCGCGUUCCCAGUUCAUCAUCUAGCGGUGCAAUUUCGACGACCAACGUUUGUUCAACAGCCGAGAUUCACGAUCAAUUAACCAAGUUUUGGGAGCUAGAAACUUGUCGAACAACCAGCACGAAUUCCACGGAAGAGUCGGCGUGCGAGAAAAUCUUCAGCGAGACUACAUUCAGAAAUGAGACGGGAAGAUUCGUGGUCACACUUCCAAAAAAGCAAUCGAUCAUCAAGCAGCUCGGUGAUUCUAAAGCGAACCCGGAGUUGAAAGCGCAGUACAGUGAAUUUAUACACGAGUAUCAAGCUCUUGGUCAUAUGAGCGAAGUCGUCGAAGAUACUUCAGACAUCGUUUACCACCUGCCACAUCACGCUAUUUUGAAACCUGACAGCACGACUACGAAGCUGCGCGUAGUGUUUGACGCUUCAUGUCGAACUAGCUCAGGGUACUCUCUGAACGAUGCUCUGAUGAUUCCGUCUACAUCGUUACGCACUAGUCGCGGACAUCACAAAAAUGUACCGCUUGGUGCAAGUUCAGUCUGCCGAUCAACCUCUGCAAAGGAUUCUAUGGCGAGAUUCAUCAUUAAAAUCUUCCAAUUGACUACGGUCACGUAUGUCACGGCUUCCGCGCCAUAUUUGGCGACAAAAUGUUUGCAGACAUUAGCAGAACAUGGUCAACAGCCACACCCUAUUGUUGCGAAGGUGGUCCAGCAGGAUUUUUAUGUAGACGAUAUGUUGUCCGGAGAGGAUGAACCUGAGGAAGGUAGAAUGUUUAUCAACGAGAUGAUCAGCCUAAUGGAAUCAGCGGGAUUCUCGUUACGAAAGUGGAACUCCAACUGCAGGGAGAUUCUGUUAGAGGUACCAGAAUAUCUGAGAGAUGAUCGCACUAUUCUCCAGCUUGAUUCCCCAACAUCCACCGUUAAAACGCUAGGUUUACUGUGGGAACCCAGUACAGAUCGAUUCCAAUUCAGCACCCCGCGAAGUGGAACUCAUCGGCGGUCUUCACCAAACGCAUCGUUCUGUCGGAUGUCUCUCGAUUUUUCGAUUCACUCGGACUGGUAG